AUGGGACUUCCGAGAACAAGGCAAGAGCUGGAUUCUAUAUUAGUUGUUGUUGAUCAAUUUUCACAAACUGAUGGGCAAACAGAGGUCAUCAAUAGAACUUUAGGAAAUCUCCUUCAAACCCUGGAGGAGAUCGGCCAGGGUCAUGGGAUUCUAUGCUGGCACAAGCAGAGUUCGCCUAGAACAGUUCAAAGCAUCGUUCAACAGGCAAAAACACCAUUUGAAAUUAUGUAUGGGCGAACGCCAUUGCACAUUUUGGAUGUGACACCGAUAUCAAACCCUGGACAUUUUAAUGCAAAUGCUGAUGAUCUGACUGAUCAUUUGAAAGAAGUCUAUGACAAUGUUCACCGAAAGUUAGCCGAGGCAUAUGAGCAAUAUAAGGCUGCUGCUGGCAAAAGUCAUCAUCCAAAGGAGUUUAAUGAAGGAGAUUUGGUUAUGGUGUACCUCCGUUGUGAUAGGUUUCCAGAGGGAAAAUAUCACAAACUCAAACACUGGAAGAUAGGACCAUGUCUAAUCCUGAAGCACAUUAGGACAAAUGCCCAUCACCUCGAGUUACCUAAAGGUAUUAUGAUCAUCCCAAUUUUCAACAUUUCUGAUUUAUUCAAAUAUCAUGGAGAAGCUUAUACUAUCAAUUGA